GUACACUGAUGUCGUGCAGAAAGCCCUGGAGGUGAAAGAACACAGGAAAGAGGAGCUGGGUGCGGGCAAGGCCAACGAUGAAGCCGCAGGACAUGCAGUGGUCGAGAGCGAGUCCGAGGAGGACGAAGCUGCGAAGCAGCUGAAGCAGCUGCAUGCGGAUGCACAAGCGUCGGGCUCAUUGGAGAUGAACCUUGGGACGCUUGAGGAGGAAGACAAGAAAAAACCGAAAGGAAGGGGAGCCAAAGCCAAAGCUGGCUCGAAAGCCCGCAAGGAGUCCCCAAGCCGACUCAGCCGAGGUGGCCGGUCCAGCACGACUGGGAAGGACAAGGAGAAGGAGCUUCAGUUGGACGAUGCGAACUUGAGCAAGCUGGCCGGCAACCUUGCUCGCAUCGCGCAGCGCAUCAACAAGAUUCCUGAGUGCUUCUUGAAAUUGAACCCGGAGUGCUUCACCGUCGCCAACGGCCGUUCGGUGGACGCGGCGAGGCGGAUGCUCACGCAAAUGGAGAAAGAAGGCGACAAAAACCAACAUCUCCUUCGACCUUACGUGGUCGCAGCCGAAGCAGCCACCCUCUUGUCCGUCAAGGAUGGCCUAGACAAGGUCAAAAGGAUGACCAAAGCCAACAGGCUCAUGCACUUGGAGGCAAUCAAGGCUGUCAGCUGGGACGUGCCGGUGCAAGUGCAGUGUGCUCACACCGUGGCCGAGGUUGAAGCAGCUUUCGAGGACUUGUUGCAGAGCUGUGCCGCCUCCAGCUCCAACUCCAAGGAGUCCAAGGAGGCCAAGGUUGAGAGGAUCAUCGCAAAGAUUGCCCUCACUCCCAAUUCGGCGGCCACCUUCGAUUGGAAUGAGCCCACAUUCGACGGCUUGCUGACCGGCUUCCAGGCACUUCUGGAGAGAAGCAAGCUUUUCGGUGACGGGAACACGGACGUGGAUGACGAGGCAGCUUCCAUGGAGGCACGGCAAUGUUUCGAGUGUCUAGUGAGUCGACUGCACUUAGUGACUUAG